GUUUGCUUGCAAAGUAUGGAUAGAAAAGUUCAUGCCCUUUUGGAACAGAACAUCGGAAACCUCAAGGAAAAAAUCGCUUCCCACAAACAAAAUCUGCUGAAAAAAGAGUACAUUGUUCUUGUUGCAGGCGAAACAUAUUCAGGAAAGAGCACUUUGUUAAAUCUUAUCCUCGGAGAGCAGCUUCUUCCUUACUCCGUUCUGAAAACCACAUCCACCAUCUGUGAACUAAGAUAUGGAGAUACACCAAAGCUGGUGGUGCACUUUAAAAACAAAAAAUCAGGGGAUACCACAAAGACCGUCCUCUUAGACGAGCCAUCCGAAGCCUCCGAGCAGAGUUACCUUCAACAGAUUUCCGAAUUCGUCCACCCGAAGGCGAACAGAGAAGAGGGUUCAGGUUACGAAAAGAUUGAGUUAUUUUGGCCACACAAUUUGUUGAAGGAAAAUAUCGUAAUAGUCGACAGUUCAGGAAUUGGCGAAUCUACCAUCAUGGAUGACAUUGUAAAGGAGUACCUUCCAGAGGUUUUUGCAUUUAUUUACGUCAUCAACAGUGAAAACGACAUUGUAAUACAGCGAGAUAGGUUAGAAAAACUUAUCGAACACGCCAGUCAGGUAUCUCUUGACACACAAAGGAAAUCCUCCCUAAAUUGUGCCCUAUUCGUUUGCAACAAGUGGGACCAGGUGCCGUCAGAAGAAACUGAUGAAGUUAAGAACUAUGUCGUGAAGAAACUCACGCAAUCCUGGCCUUCUUUAGAUCCAGAAUCUCAGAUCAUUUAUAUGUCAGUAAGAGAAGCCAUUGCGACUCAGAAGCUUGGAGUGGUCACGACAGAGUUUGCUGAACUAAUGAACAGUAUCAAGUCCAUGGCUUUGAAACGUAUUAAAGCAAGACGACAGAUUCAGUGGAGGUGGCUUGACUAUCUUCUUGCUCGUAUGGCCCUCCAAACGAAAGCGUUCAUACGUAAUUCGUCCGAAGAUCGUAAAAAUGUGACAGAUAGAAUGAUCUAUAUCACUGACCGCCUCCAAAGUAUUGAAAGGCAGCAAGGUACACUAAGCAAAGAGCUGCAAUCAUACCUUGGAAACAAGGCAGACCACGCUGUGAGUGCACUGUUCAGAUACCUUAAGUCUCCAGAAGUUAUGCAGCAGUUUUCUUCGUGGACAUUAGAUGACGUUCCAAACCCUGAAGAAAGCUGGGAAAGCUGGGAACUGAUUAACAAAUACAUCCAAAUGAUGCUAAUGAUGCGACUUCGAAAAAAGAUAGAGGAAUGGGAAGAAAUGAACCAUGUCCUUUCCGAUGCUCGCGCCUCUUUGAUUCAAUACUUUCAGGAGAGGCUCAGCUACGUCGAAGGUCAACUUCAAAUGCUGGAGGUCUCUGUCCUAUCCGGAGAUACUACCAGCUUUGCAAGUUACUUUGGCGCCGCCGAAAAUGUCAGAAUCGGGGUCGAACGUCCAAUUUGGGUUCCAGUUGGUCCGGUUGUCCUAGUUAAAGAGAAGUUGCGAAACUGGAACAAAAAGAGACAGUACAACAAAGACAGGUGUGCCUUUGUGGCGAAAGCUUCUAAAAAAUAUCUGAAUGAAGCAGCUGAAGAACAGAAUUUAAGGUCGUUCGUGAUGGAGCAACUCGAAGAAGCUCAGUUUUGUCUUAAGCAGGUCUCAGAUCGGAUCCGUCAGCUCAUAGAAGGGGGCAAAAUGUUGAGUCAAAAAUUGAGAGAUGAGAACUGUUCUAAGAAAGAAAUAGAAGAUUUCUACAAACCGUUACACGAGAAGAGUGUACAAAUAAGGAAUGAGAUGGCCCUGUUUGGUAUCAAAGAGCUUUACACCAUGGACAUCAGUUGCGACGAUCUGGAUUGGAAAGACGAUGCACUUCUUGGAAGUAAAGCGUUCUCUGUUGUUUAUCGAGGAAGAUUGAAGAUACCAGGAGAGGAUAAACCCGUAGAUGUUGCUGUGAAAGUGUGGAACGAAGAGUUCAACGAAGAUACUGCUAGUAGCUUCCUUUUUGAAGCAGAGCUACUCAGGAAACUGAAUCAUCCCUCUAUUGUAAAGUUCUCUGGUGCAGCACUACACAAGGAAGGGAAGCAGCUCAAAGCAGUUCUGGUGAUGGAGCUCUGCAAGGAAAACUUGAUGAGGCACAUUUUCCGGCAUGAAAAUAAUAAACCUGGAAAGUCAUCAACUGCUACAGCUGCGCGAGAUGUGGUCGGAUGGGCAAGAGACAUCGCCGAUGCUUUGGAAUACAUUCACAGACAAGGUAUCGUUCACAGAGAUCUCAAGCUGGAAAAUAUAUUGCUGUCGCAAGAGAAUAUUGCCAAAGUAGCCGAUAUCGGUGUUUCUAACGAAGCCAAAGCGAUCACGGGUACCAUGACUGGAACUCCUAUGUAUCUCGCUCCUGAAGUGAUCAAGUCCUGUUUGUACGAUUACAAAGCAGACAUCUACAGCUUCGGUAUAAUGCUCUGGGAGAUGUGGUAUGGUAACAGAGCCCUUCUUGAUGUGGAAGGAAAUGUGCAUGAGUUUUUCGAAAAAGUGCUCGAGGGUACAAGACCUGCGCAUGUCCGUGGCUCAAAAAAGCCUCCAGUUGGUUUGCACGAUCUGAUGCAGCAUUGCUGGGACGAAAAUCCUGAUAAUCGACCAGAUGCGAGUGAGUGUUACAGGAAGUUGACUAAGCUCUAUCAGGAAUUUGGCGACAUAAAGGCUUUCUCGGUGAUGACGGAAGCAAAGAAAGAAGACGAGAGAAAACGAGCAACCUUACUCAAUUUCUACGAACGCACGGAUGUUUGCUUGCAAAGUAUGGAUGGAAAAGUUCAUGCCCUUUUGGAACAGAACAUCGAAAACCUCAGGGAAAAAGUCGCUUCCCAAAAACAAAAUCUGCUGAAAAAAGAGUACAUUGUUCUUGUUGCAGGCGAAACAAGUUCAGGAAAGAGCACCUUGUUAAAUCUUAUCCUUGGAGAGCAGCUUCUUCCUUACUCCGUUCUGAGUACCACAUCCACCAUCUGUGAACUAAGAUAUGGAGAUACACCAAAGCUGGUGGCGCACUUUAAAAACAAAGAAUUAGGGGAUACCACAAAGACUGUCGUCUUAGACGAGCCAUCUGAAGCCUCCGAGCAGAGUUACCUUCAACAGAUUUCCGAAUUCGUCCACCUAAAGACUAACAGAGAAAAGGGUUUAGAUUACGAAAAGAUUGAGUUGUAUUGGCCGCACAAUCUAUUGAAGGAAAAUAUCGUACUAGUCGACAGUCCAGGAAUUGGACAAUCUUCCAUCAUGGAUGACAUAGUAAAAGAGUACCUUCCAGAAGCUUUCGCAGUUAUUUACGUCAUCAACAGUGGAAACGCCGGUGGAAUACAGCAUAAUUUUUUGAAUCUCCCAGUUUUAAAAAAACUUUUCGAACACGCCAGACAGAUAUCUCUUGACAAACGAAAGGAAUCUUCCGUAAACUGUGCCCUUUUCGUUUGCAACAAGUGGGACCACGUGCCUUUAGAAGAAGUUGAUGAAGUGAAGAACUAUAUCGUGACGCAACUCAAGAAGUGCUGCCCUUCUCUAGAUCCAGAGUCUCAGAUCAUUUAUAUGUCAGCAAGAGAUGCCGGUGAAGCUCAGAAGCUUGGAGUGGUCAUGAAAGAGUUUGAUGAACUAAUGAAUGGUAUCAAGUCCAUGGUGUUGAAAGGUAUUGAAACAAGACUACAGAUGCAGUGGAGGUGGCUUGACUAUCUUCUUGCACGUAUGGCCCUCCAAACGAAAGCGUUCAUACGUGAUUGCUCCAAAGGUCGUAAAAAUGCGAUAGAUAGAAUUAUUUUUACUACUGACCGCCUUCAAAGUUUUGAAAGACAGCAGGUUACAAUAAGCAAAGAGCUGCAGUCCUACCUCGACAGCAAGACAGACCACGCUCUGAGUGCACUGUCCAGGUACCUUAAGUCUCCAGAAGUCAUGCAACAGUUUUCUUCGUGGACAUUAGAUGACGUUCCAAACACUGAAGAAAGCUGGGAACUGACUAAGAAUUACAUCCAACAGCUGCAGAUGGAGCGACUUGUAGAAGUGAUAAAGGAAUGGGAAGAAAUGAACCAUGUCUUUUCCGAUGCUCGCGCCUCUUUGAUUCAAUACUUUCAGGAGAGGUUAAGCUACGUCAAAGGUCAGCUUCGAACGCUGGAGGGUCAUGUUGUAGCCGAAGAUGCUGCCAGCUCCGGAAGUGACCCGCUGGCAUCGGACGACUUUAGCGUCGCCGAAAAAGUCAUCAUCGGGGUCACAAGUCCAAUUUGGGUUCCAGUUAGUCUGGUUGUCCCAGUGGGCAAUGUUCCGGUAGUUGGCGCCAGAUCAGUUAAAGAGAAGUUGGAAAACUGGAAUAAAAUAAGACAGUACAACAAAGAUAAGUGUGCCUUUAUGGCGGAAGCUUCCCAAGAAUAUCUGAAUAAAAUAGCUGAAGAACAGCAUCUGAAGUCGUUCGUGAUGGAACAGCUCAAAGAAGCUCAGGUUUGUCUUAGGCAGGUCCUAGAUCGGAUCCCUCAGCUCAUAGAAGAGAGCAAAAUGUUGUGUCAAAAAUUAAGAGAUAAAAACCGUUCUAAGAAAGAACUAAAAGAUUUCUACAAACUGUUACACGAGAAGAGUUUACAAAUAAGGGGUGAGAUGGCCCUCUUUGGCAUCAAAGAGGUUCGCACCGUGGACAUUAGCUGCGACGAUCUGGAGUGGCAAGAUGAUGCACCUCUUGGAAGAGGAGCGUUCGCUACUGUUUAUCGAGGAAAAUUGAAGAUACGAGGAGAGGAUAAACCCGUAGAUGUUGCUGUGAAAGUGUGGAACGAGGAGCUCACCAGAAGUACUGCUAGUAGCUUCCUUUCUGAAGCAGAGAUACUCAGGAAACUGCAUUAUCCCUUUAUUGUAAAGUUCUAUGGUACAGCACUGCGCAAGGAAGGGGAGCGGCUGAAAGCAAUACUGGUGAUGGAGCUCUGCAAAGAAAACUUGAUGAGGCACAUUUUCCGGCAUGAAAGCAAUAUACCUGGUAAGUCAUCAACUGCUUCAGCUGCGAGAGAUGUGAUCGGAUGGGCAAAAGACAUCGCCAAUGCUUUGGAAUACAUUCACAGACAAGGUAUCGUUCACAGAGAUCUCAAGCUGGAAAAUAUAUUGCUGUCGCAAGAGAAUAUUGCCAAAGUAGCCGACGUCGGUGUUUCCAAAGAAGCUAAAGCGAUCACGGGUACAAUGACGGGAACUCCUGUGUAUCUCGCUCCGGAAGUGGUCAAGUCCCGUUUGUACGAUUACAAAGCAGACAUCUACAGCUUCGGUAUAAUGCUCUGGGAGAUGUGGUAUGGUAACAGAGCCCUUCUUGUUGCGGAUGCCAAUGUGUAUGAGUUUUUUGAAAAAGUGGUUGAGGGCGUAAGACCUACGCAUGUGGAAGGCUCAAACGAGCCUCCAGCUGGUUGGCAGGAUUUGAUGCAGCGUUGCUGGGACGAAAAACCUGAUAAUCGACCAGAUGCGAGAGAGUGUUACGAGAAGUUGACUAAGCUCUAUCAGGAAGUUGGCGCACCAUCUUCAUAAACAAUGGCUAUUAGGCAACCAUCCUUAACAUAUUUGCUUUUAAAGUUUGGACUGUUUUCGGAGCAACAGUGGUUUAAAGUGUUUUAAGAUAUCCCGUAUGACUAUUAUAGCAAAUAGACUAGCCUCACCCACGCCAAUUUUCCCGUUUCAAACUUAGCUCAUACAUCAUAGAAACAUACUCUGGUCUUAGUCAGUGCUGAUGCUAAGGACUUCUAUCGAGAUCAGUGUCAUUUUGGAUGAUUUCAAAAGGCCUAAGCGCACAGGUGUAGGUGGCUCCUCUGUUGCUUUGUCUGUCAGAGGAUCUUUUUUUACGGUAUGCUUCGUUAGGCAUAAAAAUUAAAGCAAGAAGUGUAUGAAAUACAUUGAUACUUAGGUACUGAGUUGAAGAAAUGUAGGAGUGGUGUAUGGUAGUUCUCUAAAUCUCUGCAGCAUGAUUGUUAUAAUAUGUAUACUAUCUUUAUGUCCUUGUGUUCUCUAGACCUUGCAAGGGAAAAGAGACUCGCGAAAGUCUUAAUUAAAAAAAGAGAGAGAGAGAGAGAGAGAGAGAGAGAGAGAGAGAGAGAGAGAGAGAGA